UCUGUUAUAGAAUCAUAUAGAUCUCGCUUUCCAUUCGCCCGGGGUUCUAGUGAUGCACAGUAGUGAUAUACAAAGAGACUAGAAACAGCGAAGAAGAAGAACGAAUGCGAGAAGCGGAGCCGGAGUGUAAGGUGGUGAUCGGAGAAGAGCUCAGCCGGCGGUGAGCACGAUCGGCGAAUCGAGGGCCACGAUGAACCUCAAAUCUCUCACCGUCAUCGCGUUCCUUGGCCUCAUCUUCGUCUUUACCUUCUUCUCCUUCAGGCGGAGGGAAGCUCUGGUCUCCAUCUCGGAGGAAGUGACGGGGGAAGUGGCACAUGAGGUUACCCAUAGAGUUUAUUUGGAUGUUACCAUCGAUGGGCAGCAAGCAGGUAGAAUUGUUGUUGGAUUGUAUGGAAAUGUGGUUCCAAAAACUGCCGAAAAUUUCAGGGCUCUUUGCACAGGUGAGAAGGGUAAGGGAAGCAGCGGAAAGAAUCUUCACUACAAGGGUAUACCAUUUCAUCGGAUCAUUUCUGGCUUUAUGAUUCAAGGUGGUGAUAUUAUUCGUAAGGAUGGGAAAGGCAAGGUUUCAAUCUAUGGUGGCACCUUUCCGGAUGAAAAUUUCAUCGUAAAGCACUCACAUGCAGGCAUCGUUUCGAUGGCAAACUCAGGGCCUAAUACAAAUGGUUGUCAAUUCUUCAUAACAACAGUCAAAGCAAGCUGGUUGGAUGGCGAGCACGUAGCCUUUGGUAAAGUCAUUCAAGGUAUGGACACUGUUUAUGCCAUCGAAGGAGGGGCCGGAACUUACAAUGGGAAGCCGAGGAAGAAGGUUCUCAUAGCUGACUCAGGUGAGAUACCGAAGAGCAAAUGGGAUGAAGAGAUGUGAACAUCAACUAUCAUCAGUUUGCAGCAAUGCUGAAGCUAAGAACAUAGAGACAGUUAUCUAUGAAGAACUGAAUUGGUUUUUCACAGCAUGUAUAUUUUCUUAAUAGUUUCCUAUAUAAUUCUUAGGUGAAUCACACCAAAUGUGUGGACAAAUGACAUAGAAAAGCAUAUAUUCCUCCAAGCUUGUAUAAAUCCUGUAUCAUUCGGAGAAGUUACACUUAAUCAUUUGUGGUCCAUUUAACAUAUCACACAAUCUGAGUAAAAACCAAAUCCAAUUCA